ACCAGAACUCCCCUCACUACCAGCACAACUACAGGACCACCAGCAGCUCCUGCAGCCCAGCUCAGCCGCGGCGGGCCCGUUACACCCGGGGUAAAGGGGGAGAUCUGUCGGUACCAGCGGACUGAAAAUGAACCGGAAGCUCCGCGGAUUAGCCUGUGCGCUCCCUGCCGCCUGGAGAGCUGCCAGCCCGGCCUGAGCCGCCGCUCCGCACCGCUGACUGAACCGCACAGAGAGGCUGUUGCUGCUGGCGGAGGAGGAGAAGGACAGCACUGAAAGAGAGCCCGGGAGCGGCUCCGCUGCUUACGGUUUUAUAUAUGUAUUGAAUAAAUUAUUCUAUAUUUUAAACGCUGGGGAAAAUAUGGAGGUCGGGUUUUUAUAGCUAGGUGAGGCGGAUUAGCGAGCUGGAGUCGUCCUCUCACCUGCGGAGUGUUUAUAUACUGACUGACUGAGAGAAGAAAAAAUAAAGGACUAUAUGAUGACGUUUCAAAAGACGUUUAAAACGUUUAACACAUCUGGAAGAAGACACUCUGCAGUUUGAGGAUAAACACAGUGGCAGUGGGAGCACAAGUGAUGCGAGGCUAAAACAAAGGAACUUCUUCUUCUCACGCCAGAAAUGAAGCCCUCUGGUGGGGCUGGAAAGCAAUCAAAAGAGCCAGACUGCUUUGCUGAGCAGUCUGAUUAGGAUACAUCAAGCAAUCCUGGCUAUGAAUGAAUUCCAGCUGGAUUUAAACAAUUAUUGGACAUCAAUCAGCCUUGAAACCCACUUGGGGCCUGAGCUUGUGUCAGCAAAGUUGCUGAAUUCUGACAAGUUGGAUCGUUCGUUUUUCCAUUUUUGCCUCUGAAAGUGCAAUCCGUGAUUGAGGAAGGAUGAACAGCUCACUGCGGGACAGAAACACCUUCACUGUAAAGGCAGAUGUAAUUUUUCACGCCGCCAGCCACGACGGCACUGAACAGUCCAUCAUUAACGAAGGCGGUGACGAUGUUAUUGCAAGGCCUGGUAAAACUCUUAUUUCAGACACGGUGCUGCAGGAUGGUCAGGCUCUGUGCCAGCAGACGUCCUGGGAUACUGUGGAAUCUGGGAGUACGGCAGAAACUGGCAGCUUGGGUCAGCAGAGCAUAGGGGCUGGAGAGUACCUGCAUGAUUGCGGCUCCAGUGACAGCGGGUUUCAGGACCACAUACAGACGGUGGGUGGCUCUAAAACAGAAGUGCUGGACCUUAGCGUCAAGCAGAGUGAGUGUUUUAAUAAGAACGGAAUAAAGGAUGAUUCAAAUGGGGCCAGACCUGAGCUUCCCCCUUCGCUUAGCUUGGGGAGUCAGGAUGACUUCAGCAAUGCCCCCCCUGUGUCACAGGACUCAAGAUCUUUGGAACAAGCACUGGGUAACUUGUUAAGUUCAUCGCAGGGAGCAGGUACCAGCCAUUAUAGGCUAUAUGGACAGUCUGCACCAGCACAGGAUGUAACACACAGUGGCAAUGGACUAAGAAAUGACGUGUCAGUCAGAGAAGAUCCUGACUUAGUCAUUGAAGUGGGUGGACAGAAGAUCCAAGCACAUAAGUCUGUGUUAGCUGAAAAAAGUGAUUAUUUUAAGGCCAGGCUUUCCCGGGACAUUCUGAAGGUGAAAGGAGUGAGCUAUAAGACUCUGUCAGUGUUGAUAGAUUACGUCUACACUUCCAAAAUGCAUGUAAAUAAGGACAAUGUUGUGGAUGUCAUCACCGGUGCGAAAAUCUUGCAGAUCCCCUGUGCGGUUCAAGCUGCCAUUGACACAAUGUCUUCGCAAGUCACGACAGAGAACUGCUACGAAAUUCUGACCAUCGCCAAAAAGCAAAGAUUAAGCGAACUGAAGGAGACGGCGUAUCGCUUCAUGAGCGACAACUUCCUGCAGGUCCUGCGAGAUCCUGCUGUUUAUGGGCGUCUCACAGGAUCUGAGAGGGACCUCGUCCUCAAGAACCGCAUGGAAGGACGCAACUGCCUGAUGGCAGCGGAGAUCAAUGACGUUUUUGACCGUGUUGGCAGCAGGCCACCCAGCAGGAAUAACAGCCGACCCCAGAGCCCGCUGUCCACUGCUUCAUUUGAGGACAACCACAUGAUCUACUACUAUAAUGAAAGCACAAAGGACUGGCGCACUCUGACCAUCAUGCCUGAGGAUAUCAACACAAAGGGCUGCGGCAUCUGCAGCAUGUACAACUAUCUGUUUGUUGCAGGUGGAAUUCGAGGGUAUGGAGAAAAAGGCAAGGCUUCUGACAAGGUCUUCUGCUACAACCCCAUCACGGACCGUUGGAGCGAGGUACGGCCCAUGAACCAAGCGCGGUCCCAGCUGAAGCUGGUCUCCAUGGACGGAUACCUGUAUGCCAUUGGCGGAGAAUGUCUCUUCACAGUGGAGAAAUAUGACCCUCGCAUGGACCGUUGGUCCAAUGUUGCUCCUUUGCCUAAAGGAGCUUUUGCUGUUGCCCACGAAGCAACCACAUGCAAUGGAGAGUUGUACGUCUCAGGGGGUUCUCUGUUCUACCGUCUUCUGAAGUAUGACCCCAAACGAGACGAGUGGCAGGAGUGCCCGUACAACAACAGCCGGAAGAAGUCCACAGACAUGGUGGCGCUAAAAAGCUUCAUCUACAGGUUUGACGUCAACCGUGAGCAAGGGGUCAACGUGUUCAAGUACAACACCAUCGUCAAGAUGUGGCACGACUGCGCCUCCCACCAACAAGGGAGCCCUUUGCCGUUCAGGUGCGCCGUCGUUGGCAACUGCAUCUACUGUGUCAACAAGACCCAGACCCUCCAGUUUAUCGUGGAGGAAGAGGGUGCUCGAUUCGCGGAGGAACCUCUGAAAGCUCCCAUGGAGUCCAAAGGAGUUCUGUUCCCGUUUGUCCUGAGCUUGCCCAACAGAGGUGACCGAAACGUGUGAUAAGGUGUGAUGUUCUCUCUCUUUCAUGUGACUCAUUAGGGAAGAACUGGAGAGGAAAAUGUGAAGAAGCAUGAUCCGUGAUUACAAAAGCUUUAUUAUUCGUGAAGUUUGUCAUGCCCAGUUAAACUGCGUUAAACUGCGUUAAACUGCUCGAAAUAGGAAUGUUUCUCUUUGCAUGGUGGAUGGAUGUGCCCGUGGGAAGCCUUAAACGAACUGCCCUUCUGUUUGUUUCAGCAUUGUGGGAUAGCAACGAAGCAUAUAUCGAUGCAUUUUUGCCAAUGCAUUUAACAUUCUCCAUUUGUUCCAUUGUUUUGUGCACUUUUGUUUCGUACUUUUUUUUUUUUUUAAUGUAUUUUUGGAUGGUUUAACAGAAGAUUUCCCGGCUGCAAAAAAUACCUUGUCAUAUGAUGACCACCAAGAGCACAAUGAUAAAGCUAGGAUUGCCCCUUUGCUUAGCCACAGAUCCUAUGCAAGUAAAAUAUUGUCUAAAAAAAUGAAAUUUAUUAUCAGAGUAGUAGAGAACAAGUAAUAAUUUAAUAUUAUGAAAAUAGUAAAUAAAGCACAGAUAGUAGGACAGAAAACUAAAAUGUUUAAAUGUUUAAAUAAUGUUGGACCUUUGAGCAAAUGCCUGUGAAUCACUUGAAGCGAAGCCAUUGAACUAGGCACUGUUGAGAGGAGAAAAGCCGCCAGCGCUGUACAUCUGUACGCUGUUUAAGAGCACAACGCACUUAAAUCUUGUUCUCUUUCACUGGCAGCAUGCAGUAAAGAUACAGACCUCACUCUCUGGGAACGUUUGAAUGUAUGCAGAUACUGCAAAAUUAUAUUUGAAUUAUAUUUGAAUUAUCUUUUAUUAGCUACAAACAAGGGCUGGAUAAACAGUGAUUUUUGAACAAAAGAGCAAAAAAUCUAAACCUUCAUCUAGCAUAACCUAGCCUACCAUAGAUAUACCCAUCGAGUGAGCUGGUCCGGAGAACCUUUGUGAGGUCAGAUAAAAAAAAAGAAAGAAGGCAAAAGAGUAAGGGCUUGUUUGUACCUUGUAGUGAACAAAUAAUAACAUAAUUGAAGCAUUGCCAAAGACAAGAAGGCUGAUGGUGUGGGGACAGCACAGGCUGCUUUGAGGCUGAUUAAAGAGGGUGGCAGACAUUUCAUUCCAUCUGAAGCACUUUCACAAAGCUUUGCUGAAUUGAGAUUCCAAACGGAGUUUAAAAAUGACUCACAUUGUACAUAUAAAAACAGAAUUGUAAAAUGGAUGUUGUUAGGACCUGUUAAAUGAGUAACUCUAGGAAUUAGUGGUGGGCGAUAUGGCCCUAAAACGUUAUUAUUGCAUAUAAUACGAUAUGGCACGUCCCUGCUAAAAAUAAACAUUCAUGUAGGGACCUAUAAUAUUUUUACAAUUAAGAUAUAAAAAACAGAUAGAAUAAUAUUUCUGACAUAGUCAAACAAUCAUGCCACAAAAAUCCCUGAACAUUUUAAACAAGAAAAAUAUAAAUAAUAGGAAAUUGAUUUUUUAAAUUUCAUUGGGCUAUUUAUAUGGAAACUGUGGACUAAUGCUGAUAUCUGAUAUUUCUGCAGAUUGCAAUACAUAAACAUUUAUUAUAUAGAGGUUUUAUCUGGAUUACAAAUACAGAAUACAGAAGAAAUGUAAUAACUUUAGUGCAGCAUCACCUAAACAUUCUGCUCCUCCAUCCAUCCAUUCAUUUAUCUUCUGGUCUGCUUCUACCUAGAGUAAUUAGCUAAAUAACGGGCAGCCGGUCACAAAAGAUAAGAUAAUCCUUAAUACAUCCCACAGUGGGUAAAUGUACAUUCCGUGAAUACAGCAUUAGAUAUUACUUUAAAAUAUAGAUCAAAUGCUAACAUUAUGCCGAUAAGCAUAUUCAAAGCUGUGCAUCAUUGUCCAUCCCUGUUGAUCACAUGGAAUUGUACCGAAUAGUGUCUGAGUGUCUGGACUGUGGGGAACUCCUUAUCAAAUUACUGGACUGGAUGUUGUAUAAUCCAAUGUUUGCAGUAUUAAUGGAUUUGUUCAAUCUGGACUCGCAAUAAGAUGCUAGGGAUUGUUGGAAGAUAAAUGAUCUAUGUGUUUGUGUGUGUGUGUGUGUGUGAGUGUGUGCGAGUGUGUGCUGCUACCAUCCAAAUAACUGAGCAAAGUCUUUUCAUUCCCAAUCUGCUGUUGGGUUCAGUGAAGUGUACAAAGGACAAAAACUGGAACAAAGUCUGCAUAAUAAUAUAAGCAGCUUUAUUACCCUAAUUAAGCCCUUAUUCUGAUAUACAUCCCUGUCACACAGAAAAUCCUUGUAUCUUCAAAAAGGCAACUUUACAAAAAAAGGAAACCCCUUUCUCAACUUUUAGAGGAAGUCAAUGUUAAAAGAUUAUAUUGGAGCAUUUCUAUCGGUUCAUUCAUCAUGAAACUUUGACACAAUGUAAAGAACAACUCCAUGAUUCACACUGUCAAAAAGAUUUUUUUUCCACUAUGGGGAUGUUUUACAGCUUUGAGAAGAAAAUGAGACAGCCUACAACAUUAUUGUUUGGUCGGUUCCAUAUUGCACCAUAUUAAAAUGAUGUAAACAGUUAUUGGAGAGUGGGGUUUGGUGUAUAAACCAAUCAGCAUAGUUAAAAUAAAAUCAGACAUUAGAAUACUUUAUAUGGCACACAACAAAAUUAAUAUCAUUACUGUUCCUUCUUUCUGAGGACAGGAACUGGUAUUGUGUACCAUGACUUUUGCCAUGUCUUAUGGAAGCCAAGGAACUCUGUGGAAUAUGAUGCUGGAUUAUGCCUUCAGCUCCAAUCCCAUAAUUUACAUAAUUUAUUGCCUCAAAGUGAGCAUGCUGGCCAGUAUCAGCCUCACUUACAAGAUAACACCUCACAAUUUAUACAGGUGUGGGUGUUCCGGAGCUGUCUUCUGAGAAAACACCUCAUGAUCGAGUUACAUACUUAUCUACCUACAUACUUAGCUAUGUUUGUAGAUAAGGGCUGCACGAUAUUGAAAAAAAAAAAUAAUUGCAAUGUUAUUUUUUGAUAAUAUAUAUUGCGAUAUUAAACCGCACAGGACCCGUGACAGAACCACCCCCACCCACGCGCGUCUCGCGUCAGAGAUCCGGAUCGACCCAUAGCUUCAGUAGCCUAUCACUUACUCAGAUACAGAGAAAACAUUUGUGUAUCUACUUCUUAUUUCAAUUAUUGAACAUUGCAACAUGACGUGUUUGAUUUAAUUGCCUUAAGUGACAUGGUGAUGAAGAUGCUUAAAUGAUAUAUCGUGCAGCCCUAAUGUAGAUAAGCCUUUCAAUUGGUUCAUUCAUUUUUAGCUACUAUCCAAAAUAUAUUAUAUCAAAUAGAAACAAAAUGCUUCACAUGUAUCGGAGGAGGCAUGUGCUAGUCUUCACCCUCCUGGUGUAAGGCACAUUACUACAUAUGGUUUGUCCUAAAUGAGCUACAUCAACCCCCUCUCCACUCUAAAUGACUUCACACUUCACAUCUCGAACACAAAUCUACAAAAAAGGCUUCAGUUCUGACUUAAAUUUUAAGCUUAAGCACAGAUUCAGGGUUUGCCUUCUAGUUGACUCUUUACAUCGUGAUUCUAAGAGCACAAAGUCUCUGAAUGGAUUCCUGAAGCAAAGCACAAAUGUCUAAAUCUAAUUUGUCCUCCUGUGCAGCUACGAUUCUGAACCUUCUGUUGUUUUUUUUUUGUUUUUGAUUUAUUCAAUAUGGAUGCAUUUGUUUCAUGAACACAGUGAAGUGGAAUCUGCAGUUCUGAGGUGGAUUUGUGCUUGACGUGAUUGGAUGUUCUUGACAAAGGAAUCGUGUCGCUGCUGUUUGGAGGACAUGUUUUGAUGACAUUGACCGUUUGGAUGUGAAUAGGCUGCUUUAGGGUGGUAUGCUGUUGUUCGGGGGGGCUUUAUUGUAUGGCCAGGAUGGAUCGGGAUGGCUCGCCAGGUUCAGCUGGUCCACGGCUCAGAGCUUUCGAACUGCCGUUAUUUCAGUUUAACAGUCUAACACAAGCGUCCGUCUCUGUGCUGAAAUAAAACUGUAUUUUCUGUUUGCUGGUCAUUGAAA